CAUAUUUGAGAUUUUGCUCAAAUAAUUAAUAAGUUAUUUAAUAAUAUAUUCUAUAACAAUUUGUAUAAAAAAGGUGUAAUUAAUUAAAAUGAAUUUUUAUAAAUAUUUUAUGAUAUUGCUCAUCGUGGUAUUGUGCUUGACGGUGCCUCAAACAGAGGCCGGCUUUCGCAAAAGAUUUAACAAAGUAGUGAAAAAAGUCAAACACACAAUUAAAGAAACUGCCAAUGUUUCCAAGGAUGUUGCAAUUGUGGCUGGUAGUGGGGCAGCUGUAGGUGCUGCCAUGGGUUAAACAAUAUAUUAUUUAAUUGUAUUAACUAAAAAUCUAAAUAAAUUUUAAAUGUGUUUAAGCCUGAAAA